CGCAAGUGUUGCUGAGUGAUUGCUAGACAUUGAUUUAUGAACGGUCAGUUUCCAGAGUUCGGAUCCGGCUCUCUGACGUCCGCGAGAGCACGCAACGUUUCACUCAACUUCGAUCUGGGAUCUCUGCUGGGCGACGAGAAAUCGUCGCGACCCUCAUCGUCAGCGGCCAAAUCUGUGAGGUCUGCGCCUAGAAGUCAAAAUCCGAAGUCCCGGAUACGAACCGGUGGAGAGAAAAAGCGCGUGUCGUUAAGGCAGGACGAUGAUUUUGACGCCCAUCUAGCCACAGAAGCGGGAAGAAAUGACGACGAAGACGUGGAACGCGUAACAGAAGAGGACGCCUUGAAAAUGGGCAGCAGCCUGGCAGACAUGGAUGAUCUCGAUGACAGCCUGUUCAGCAGUUCUCUUAGUCGCAGCAGCCGUCAGUCACGAAGAACGAAGCGACGAGAAACCACAAAGUCUGCGGAGUCUGCAUCAGCAAAGCAACUGGAGGAUAAGCCUGCUGUUGUUGAGGUGGAAAGAAAGCAGCAGCCAAAGGCUAACGAAAAGAAAUCGACUGGAUCAUUGUUUGAUGAUAUUGACGAUCCGUUUGCUGGAAUUUUGUCAUCAGAUGAGGAAGAGAAAGAUACGCACAGAAGUCGGUCUGGUGCCGGUGGAAAGCGUAGUGUGGUGGAUGGUAGACGGGAUGCAGUGGGAGAGAAGGAACAAGUGAGAAAUGAGGAGGUGAUACACGAGGAUGCGACUAGCAAACAACAGUCUUCGUCGUUGCUUAGUCAGAUGAGUCCCAAGUUGCGACGGGCUGCUUUAGGCGAUUCAGAAGCCACGACCUCUUCAAACGUUCCAAACCUUCCAAACGAACCGCUUCAACACAAUCCACCAACAUCCAAACCUGAUCAACACAUCUCAUCCCCCACAGCACAACAUUCACAACCUCGUUCUUCCACGAUUAUAAACACAAACCCAAAGGUGACCGACGAUCCCUUCAGUGACAACGACGACGACGACUUGUUGGGUGAUCUCGGAUUUGACAGCAGCCCACCCACACAGACCAAACCAAAAGACACAAACCAAGACGGCAAACGAUUCAGUGACAUAUUAGGAAAGUCAUCAAGAUUUGAUGAACUAAUGGGAAAGACUGACGACAACACAGCAACAACAGACUCGACGCGAACAAACCAAAUUGAAAGGCCUCGCACGCGUGGUAAGAGCGAGUUAGAUGCCGAACCCGGAGAAGCCGACGACGUUCAUUUCGGUGGUUAUACACCAUCGUUUGGUGCUCCCAGCAGAUCUCGUCAACAAGGAUCAAGCAAACGGCAGAGACCUAGCACUGCUCCGUCUGCAAGCGCUAAAUCAAAAUCGGUUCGGUUUGCCGACGAGUUGGGAUUAGAACUGGAUGACGAGGAUGCUGCUGAUCAUGUCACUAGAGAUAGGCCGUCUUCGUCUCCUGCUCAAGUGACAGGCAAGGGUCGUCGACGAGAAGUCGAUGUUGUGACGUUUGAUGGUCACGAAGGCAACACUGAGUUAGGAGCCGGGGGUGUGACUAAGACAGAGACGAAGGACAGAGAGCGUGACACGUCUAUGUUAAUGAAUCGUGGAGGUAUGUCUUCUGUGAGUCAUAAGACUGCUGAGAACGAGGUGUUGACGUUGGCUGAAAGAGAUAGUGAGGUUAGUGAAGGGAGAGACACGGUGGAUGGUGUUGGUCGAAGGUUGGAGAGUGCGGUUGACGAUGGUGACUUGUUUGGUGGUGAUAUGGGAUUGGGCUUGUCAUCUGGAGAACGUCCUCUCAUGGGACGGAGAAGGCAACAAGAGGAAAAGCCUCUGUUUCCAUGGCAAUCGCCAACAUCACGACGACAAGGCCGGAGACAGCCGGGCACAGCACUGAGCAUACCAGAAGACACAACCAGCAAUGCAAUCAACAACAACAACAACACGACAGUCAAACACAUGCCGAGUGCACCAACACAACCCACCGAUCCAAUUCCUUACCAAGAACCUCAACCUCUUGCAACGACAGGAAAUGAGGUUACAGGCUUCAUGAACAGCAUCAUAUCCACACAGCCUCAACUCGUGCCGGUUGUGUCGCCUGCAGUUACCUCAUCUGGUGGUCACCAACAUUCCGAUGUCUCACAACAGUCUUUGACUUUGCUGCAGUCGCAUCCCACAUUGACCGGUGUUCUUCCGAGUCAGUUGACGACGAGGGAUUUGUCGGUGUCAGGUGUGGCUUUGUCAUUGUCUCAUGCCGAGGCGAGUGCAGUUGCGAUCGCUAAUGCUAAUGCUGAAGGAAGGCAGGCCGUGUUGAGGGAAGAGAUAGAGAAGUUGAGGAGUGAAGUGAACACGUUGAAGGCCAAAAUCAACGAUCUUGAAGACCAAUGUUCUCACCACGAAAAAGAGUGGCAAACAUUGCAAAAAGAGAAAGAUUUGUUGUCUCAAAAACUUGAGGAAAAAGAGGAGCAAGCCCAGAAAGACAGUCGAGAGAAGAAACUUCAAGAAACAGAAUUUGAAACUAAGAUACACAUUGCCGAAGUGGCAAAGAAGCAACUUCAGGAUGCGCUGAUAGCUGCGACGGACAGGCACAAGCAAGAGCUGGAAAAUUUAGAAACAGUUACGAGUUCCCGAAUCAAGUCUAUCGAAGAAUCAUUUGAAAGACAAGAAUCAAGGCUACGCAACGAAAUUGAGAAACAAGCGACCGAACACAACAGGAAAGUGAUCGAACUGGAGAAGGGGAAGUCAAGUGUAGUGACAACGUAUGAGAGAAAGCUGGCCGAUGCUGAUAGGGAACAUAUGGAGGCGAUCGAGAGACUCAAGGAAACCCAUAGAAGUCUAAUCGAAGAGCUAAAAAUUGAGCACGACAAGGACAAGAAUCGUCAACAUAAACUACACGAACACGAGUUGACUGCCGUCGCACAGGCUCACUCACACACCAGAUCUCUACAAGAGCUCAUAUCGCAAGUGCAUCAGUCGACGCAGCACGUGAGCGAGCUGCAGCAACGAGUCGAUGUGUCUCACAACGUUGGACAUCAACAACGAGAGCAGGCGCUCAGAAUCAGAGAGCAACAGCUACAAGGUCUCGAAGAAAGGCUUCUAAGGCAGCAGUCGGAGUGUGAGCAGGAGCGUAGCAGGCUUCACAAUCUCGUGGCCAAGAUGGAGAGUCACAUGAGAGAGCAAACCCAUCAGAUCGAACAGGAUCGAUGGAAAAUUCAGCAGGACGAGUCUCGGUUACAAGCUCUGCAGAGAGCAUUAGAACACGACCGAGUAACAACAGCCGAACACAUCACACAAGAGAGACAAGAACUACAACAGGCAAGGGAACAGAUGCUGAAAGAGCAGCAAGUCGUUUUGAGCCAAUGUUAUGCUGAACGUUCCGGCCUGGCCAAGGAACGCUCACAACUUCAAGUCACACAGAGACUCUCUCAUCACCACGAACUAGAAAAUGCCACCAAAUCUGUACAGUUGGAGGCAGAACUGAGGAACGAACUCGAACGAGUGCAACAACAGUCCGAGGAUCUGGCGGCGAGUCAAAGCCGAGUGCGAAAUGAACUGGAAAGAUUACGCGACGACCGUAAACAUGUCGAUCUCGAAAAGCGAAGUCUUCACAACGAGAAGGACGCGCUUCAGCAAACAAGACUGAAACUUCAAGAGAACACAAAGGAGCUACAGCAACUCUACUCGUCGGCCGCUGAAGCACGAGAAAUCGGAAAACAGUCGCUUCACGAGGCAGAGCUCAUGAAAGCCGAUGUUGAGCGACGAGCCUGUGAGCUCGAGGAUACGAGGAGACAGUUAGAUGAGCAGAAGAGAAAGAUAGUACAGGAGCAAUUGGAGAUUUCAAGAGAGAGAAUGAGUGUUGAAAAAGGUCGAAACAGUUGGCUACAGGAAAGGUCACUCUACCUCAGUCAGAAAGACCAAGCAUCAUCAACAGUGCCUUCUCUACCACCUCAACCACGUUUCAUAUCAACACUGGCUCUGAGAGCAUCGAGAAGCCGUCACCCUACUGAUGAGCCAGAAGAGACACCAACGGGACAUGAUCUGACCAGCAGUCAGGCAACGUCUCACGCUAUCGCUCAGUUGGAGUACAACAGGGCCUUACGUCUAUGGGCAAAUGCCAACGAAAAGCAAGUCGAAGAGCUUCACGAAGAAACAAACUUUCUCGACGCGCUAGAAACAUCAAAAACAUCCAACAAGACGACACUUAUUCUAUAGUUCUUUCAUAUUCGUAGCUAAUAUAACUAAACAUGACA